AUGUCAAUACAUGGGUUCGACGAAUUGAAAGCACGGAUGGAAGUUUUCCAAGGAAAGUUACACGAUUACAUCAAUGAGCAGAGAUCAACACUGUUACAAUUACUAGAUUCAUACAAGGAGGAUGUUGAGAAUUACAGGAUAAAGAAAGAUUCAAUCAACAGUCAGCUAAAUCAACUAGUGGAAGAGGAACGGGAAUUGACACAAGAGAUACGUAGUAUUCAAGAGCAGACACAACAAACAAAUUCUAAAAUGGAAGCUUAUGAAAUUAAGAAGCAACAGUUAACUGAGGAACGUGGAAUUUUAGAGCGUGAUAGAUGGGAAUUAAAGGAGUUACUUGCCAAAAAGCAGAAGGAAAUACAACGCCAUAAAGAAUCUAUCAAAAAGCAGCAUUUACGGGACAACCCUGAAGUGAAGGUUUAUGAACAGUUGUUGGGGCUUAAGAUAACCACUCCUAAACCGGACACUCUGUGCUUUAACUUUAUUAAUGUUUCAGAGAAUUCAUCAAACGCACAGUGUAACUUCACGUUGGAUUUAUCCUCCAAUGGCUACAAAAUACUGGAUUCUUCUCCGAAGCUGUCGCAGGCCCAAUCGACCGAGUUGGAGCAGAAUUUGGCAAUAACUGGUGACCUUCCAACAUUCUUGAAGCAGGUACGCUCUCUAUUACUAGACAGAAUGAGUACAUAA